ACCUCUGGCCCAUUGAACAAAAACAAAGUAGCGAAAGAAAGGAGAGGCUGCAAGCACGUUCGACUUGGACGGCACACUGAGUUUAGAGGGAAAAAAAAAAGAAAAAAAAAAGGAGUUAAUGAGUUAACCCAGUGGGAUUCUGUUCUGUUAUCAAACAGCAGUGGAUACUCCUUCAUUUUGAAAUUGUAUAAUUUACUGCAGAGUUAGAGAAAGAGCAAGGAUGAGCAGGGCUUCCAGUCUCUUUCAACUAUGGCAGACUCCUCCAAACAGAUUACUAUUCAAAAGUUCUAACUUUUACAAAGUGACUGAUAGUCGCCUCUGAACGCAGGGAUAUAUGUCGUACCUGGUGCGAAAAUAUAUCGACCCUUAUGCUCCUGCAAGAGCAUCCAAACUACCUCAUAUCAAGUUGUCAAUGGAAGCUACGUACCCACAACUCAAGCUAAACAAGAAAUCAAACCAACGGAAAAAUCAUCAGCAGAACUUGAAAAUAUUGGUGCAUUUCAAAAGCUUCCUAUGGUGAUGCCAUCUUUUGAUAUUCUUUAUUCAGCACUAAGGAAGGCGAAGAGGGUUCCAGCAACUAAGGGCAUUGCCAAUAUUGCAAAGCGAGAGAGAAAUAGAGGCGCAAAGCAACUUGAUGCACUGAUGAAAGAGCUUGCAGUUCCCUUGAGGACUUACCUGGAGAAAUUUCCAAAGAAAAGGAGUCUUCAUCCUUAUGAGCGGUCACUUAUUGAAUUGACUCUUGGGGAUGGAAACUAUGAAGAGGUGUUGGGAAGGGUAGAUGCUUUGAGGAAGAAAGUGGUGUCGGUUGGAAAGGAACAUGCUUCUCUCUGUGCUAAGUCAUUAUCGAAGCGAGAAGCAGAGGAACGACUAAGUGAGGGUAUGAAGAAGAUUGAGGAGAUGUUUAAUCGUGAAGGGAAAGCAGUUGAGGAUUUGUUAAACAUUGCCAAGACUCUGCGUUCAAUGCCAGUAGUUGAUCUAGAAACACCAACACUUUGUCUUGUUGGAGCUCCAAAUGUGGGGAAGUCAUCUUUGGUUCGUGUGCUCUCUACAGGGAAGCCUGAGAUAUGCAACUAUCCUUUCACAACAAGAGGAAUACUUAUGGGCCAUAUUCUUUCAAGCUACCAGAAUUUUCAGGUGACAGAUACUCCUGGUCUGCUUAAGAGAUCUGAUGAGGACAGGAAUAAUUUGGAGAAGCUAACACUUGCUGUCCUCUCGCAUCUGCCAACUGCAAUACUUUAUGUUCAUGACCUCUCUGGAGAAUGUGGCACCUCACCUUCUGAUCAGUUUGUCAUAUAUAAAGAAAUAAAAGAGAGAUUCUGUGACCAUCUGUGGCUUGAUGUUGUCUCCAAAAGUGAUCUGCUAAAGGAGUCUCCAGUGACCUUUAUCACAGAAGAUUUUGAUGACAACGAUCUUGAGCUGGCAAAGUACCGUAAAUCGGGACCUGAUGGCGCCAUUCGUGUAUCGCUAAAGAGUGAAAUAGGGCUUAAUGAGUUGAAGGGAAGAGUGCAUGAGCUGCUGAGACUGCAGAUGGCCAGGAUCCAAGCUCAAGAUACAAAAGAAGAAAAUCGACAAGUUCUUACUUAAGGUGAUUGUUUCUGUGACUGCGUCAAGUUCAUUCAGAAACUUCAGGCAAGCAUAUUGGUAGUGUGUACAAGUUGGAUCAUCCACGCCAUGCAAGAAGAAGUCAGGCAAGAACUAUAAGUUGGCUCAUUCAGGGGCUCAGGAUCUGUAUUGUGCAAAUUCUUGCCAAUGGUACCCCUUGAUUUCGAGUUCUGUGAUUGCUCAUCUGCUACUUAGAAGUCAUGAUGAGAGACACAAGAAGGGUUAGUUAAGCAAGCAUGGAAAAAAGAAAAAAAAAAAAAAAUAGAGAAAUUAUGCAUGUUAAUUAUAGCAAUUUUUAAAGGGUUUAGAAUUAUAUGGUUUUAUCAUAAAAAUGGCGAUAUUCAAAAUUUUAUUCAAAUCUUUGUUAUAUAAAAACGGAUUUAGUCUGGAUUAUGGACCAUUACAGGAUAUAACCAUAUUAUAUUAUAUGGGUUUUAUGUAUUCGUCUAUUUUAAGGUAUUAAAUCAGAAUUUAUUCCCAUUACUUUUU